UGCAACGAUAUUUCGUCUGGAAAAAACGAUCUUUUGUCCCAAAUUUUCUCACAAUUUCCGAUCAAAAAGCUGUACGCUAAGACAAAAUGGGGACACAAUGGACGUCCAUGCAGCGUUUCUGGAAAAUUUUCAGGACUCCGGAGAAUCAGACUUUGAAGAGCUUUUUUUGAGAGAUUCAUGUGUUGAGAAUGCUGUAUGUGUAAUGUUUACGUGUACUGUGUAUGUGUCAACGAUAACGAUGUAGAUGAACACGACAAUGAGUAGGAUGGCAGCAGCGAUGGGUCUGGAUCGGACGAUGGCCCCGAUAAAAAUCGACAGCAACUAGGCUUAGCGGCCGGUGAUAGAAUAGUGAUAAUGAAACAAGCGUAUCUCGGUUAUUCUUUAUCCAAAAAACAUAAUGUUUACGGCAUUAGAUGGGAAAUAAAAUACUCAGUAUAAAACUUAUUUGCAAUUUAGCCCAAAACACUUCCUUCACAGAGUAAAGGUCUUGAGGAAAAAUGUGUGUGCAUUUUAGUAGCCCCACACAGGAAAUUCAGUGCCAGGGGAAUACUGUGUGUACAGCUUCGUAGCGUGCUAAGGGGGGUUGUAAAAAAAACUGAGCUUAGUAAACCACGUCUAAUAUAAAGAACAAAAAGAAAAGGAAAGUCAAAUCAACCAAAAAAAAUAAACGGAACUUGGCCUUAAAAUAUUAAAACUGUUUUCAUUUCCUGACUUUCUAGAAGGCAGAAAACAGUAUUUUUUUUGCUGAGAUUAAAAGAGGAAGUCAGCACGAUAUUUGGCAAAACCUGGUUUCGGGCUGGUGCAUACAAAAGUAAAAACAUUUGAAACCACGGGCAGUUGGUUCACCAUGGCGUGUGGUGGUAUAUGCAAGUGUGUUUUGGUACUGGCAUUGGUCGGUGUGUGCUGUGUAGUCGCUGUGAGUACACGUCCUAUGGAUGGGCCAAACAUUUCGGUUAAUGGUGAUUGGGAACCGGUCUCAAAACAGAAAGGCUCGUCCGUAAACUUCGGUUGCGACUUCAUAUACCGAGAGAGUAGCUACUUCAACAUUCAGAGAGGUGGGAAAAUUAUCUGGAAGAAAGACGGUCAAGCUGUAGCUGAAUGGUCUAACGAAGCAGGAGAGUAUGAAAGGUAUGUCCUGAAUAUGGACGCACCUAACUUCGGGUCAUUCUAUGCCCGUUUUCGAAUCACAUCCUUAGUGGCUGAGGACCAGGGUCAAUACAGUUGCCACAUUGAGAAUGGUGACGAGGUUACUCCAUCGAAUGACGUGAGUUUAGUAGUUGAGUAUCCUCCCUCUGGUGUAUACCCGAAGUGCUCAGUUCUUCCAGUUGACGAUGACAUGAGGCUCGUGUGCAAGUCGGAGAGGGGAAGUCCCCUGGUCGGUCUGCAGUGGAUGAAAGAUGGUGACUCUCUUCAACAGACCAUUGACGAUGACGGAGAAAGCUUCAUUGAGGUGUACACCACGGUAGCAGGACCGGAGGCCAUCAACAUGGGACGGUACGAAUGCUCAAUUACUUACAAGGGGGCAUCGAGAUCAUGCUUUCUUGACCGACUCACGAUGCAGAUACAGACCAGUACGAGUGGGUUAUCCAUCGGGGAAGAUCUCGAAGUCAUCUGCCGUGCAUCAGCUUCUGACAACCCACCGGUCUCCACGUUUAGGUGGGAAGUCAAACCAGACCGGCACCAUACAGUGGGUAGCGAUGAGGCGGUACUUCACAUCUCCAACAUCACAUCUCAUGACAACGGAACUGAAAUCAUCUGUGAGGGACAAAACGCAAUGGGUCGCAGUACAGCGAGCAGUGUGAUCAUCUUACGACCUGUCGAGGCUACCCCAACACCAAUAACUCUCGAGUUGGAGCAGACCGAGAUACCAGAACACGUCGGUGCAAUCGCUCGCUUCGAAUGCCGAACAACUCCCGAGCGUACCACCAGAGAGUGGGCAUACAACGGGCUUCACAUUGACCCGUCCAACACAACGGACAGAUUUUUCGUCGAGGGGAGACUUAACGACGUCAUUGCGGUGCGGAGGAUCACACGGGAAGAUGUCAUGGCCCUGGUCACUUGCCACGUCACGGUCAACAACCGACCAAAGGCUGAGAUGCACCUGAAGGUUAACUUCUCUCUGACCACACAGUCGCCUCGCUUACCCACAACAUCCAGACAAGAGCACACCUCUACCAGUCCCCACACUGUUCCGGCUGUCUCUCAGGCACCCAUCCUCGUCACCCCUAAACUUGACACCUCUACAUCGAAAGACGACUCCUCGUUUUUCAACAGUCAGAUAAUGUGGUACAUCGUUGGUGGCAUGAUGUGUGUUGUCCUACUUGGUAUCUGUUGCUGGGUGUCCCUCAAAGCGAAAUCACUCAUGUGCGACCCACAGGGAGUCACCAAGACCGUGGUGAGCCCCACUUCACCGACCCCAUCUUGUCAACGUAUUAACGGCGAGGAUUUCGUGGUCCGAGUCGGGAUUCCUAGCGAGGUGAGACCCUCCCUGACACCGGAUCAAUCUCUGUUGACCAAGGAGCAACUGGUAGAGCAGGAGGUACAGUACCAGGAUCUGGAGGAUGUGUCUCGUGAGAGACAGGCUAACGAGUACCAGCGACUCAUCAGCGAUGUCUGGUUGCCGCCUCCUGUGUCUUUGCCUAAUUGAGGUUUAUGCAAGAGCGUCGAGUUCAAGUUCUGACGAUUUCGUCAUCUGAGUCUGGGUUCAAAUCCUGGCUCGGUCGUAAUAUCUUCUUUGUGCGUGCAAGACACUUGGGCAAGGGCGUGUUCGAAUCGGCGGCUACCAGCUAUGGCUACGACCAAACCGUCGCGUCAUCGUGUGUUGAUGUGAAGAGGCUAUGUCACACAGGACAACCAACUGCAUUGCAUGCAAAAGGAACACAUAGACAAGACAAAAGACAUACUUAUAUCUGUAAAGUCUCUUUUCUCAAGAAAAUAAUGAGAAGACUGAAAUGAGAUUGAAUUGUUUUAGUGGAGAUUGCCUGGAACUAGUUGUUUGUAUUGCCUCGUGUGACAUUUCCUUUGUCCUCAUUGCAACACUAUACUUGGACAAACAGUCGUAACAGUAUAGCUUCAGCUGCCCCUUUGGGUCUGCCCUUAGUUCCAAUGCUUACCACCCAGGAGUUAAUGGGUACAUUGUGAAGGUAGAUAUUGUUGCUUUUUUGAUGAGCAACCUGUGUCUCCAUUUGGCUGCAGUUGCUGCAUCUUCCUAAGGAGUUAAAAUGGUUUCCGGAAUAUCUUAGGCCCAAUGUAAAAGGGCUAGCUGUGUAUAAAGGGCUUUGAGACAAUGUUUAAAGACACUGGACACUAUUGGUAAUUGUCAAAGACCAGUCUUCUCACUUGGUGUAUCUC